UGAACUUCGGUGAAGCAACCUCUGAGGUUUAUCCACUAUGAUCACCACGAUUGAUCCUGCAAAGAUCGGUCAAGCAGCACCUAGGCGUCAACAUAAACGCAGUGCCACAGGAUAUUUACCGGCGACGCUCAAGGAUGGCAAAGAAAUCUGGCCAAGGGGUGACGAGAAGACUUGGAAAGCCGGUAUGAGGGGUAUCCCUAAUACCGUAUCGGACAUCACCAACGCCAUUGUUUACCAUGUUCAGUCCACCCUGGCUCGACAGGCAUAUAACCUCGAUAAUCUGGGGGCGUAUCAAGCUGUCGCCCUUUCUGUUAGGGACGAUUUAAUCGUGAAGUGGAAUGAAACACAGAUGCAGUACACCAGGAAACAACCUAAGAGAGCGUAUUAUCUUUCUCUGGAGUUUCUCAUGGGCAGAACUCUUGACAACGCCUUGCUGAAUCUGGGUUUGAAGCAGCAGUAUAAGGCUGCUACUCAUAAGCUGGGCUUUAACUUGGAAGACCUCAUUGAUGCUGAGAGAGAUGCUGCCCUUGGCAAUGGCGGCCUAGGCCGCUUGGCCGCGUGUUAUCUCGAUUCCGGUGCCACCAUGGAGCUGCCGUUGUGGGGGUAUGGGCUGAGGUAUCACUAUGGCCUCUUCGCUCAGCAUAUCGCCCCGGAUGGUUCCCAGCUGGAGGCUCCGGACCCUUGGCUGGAUACUGACAACCCUUGGGAAAUCCCCCGCCAAGAUGUCACGUACGAUGUCCGCUUCUAUGGGCACGCCGAGCGCAUUGGAAACGGCAAGGCUGUGUGGACUGGCGGUCAGGAGGUACUGGCAGUAGCGUAUGACGUACCUAUCCCUGGAUAUUCCACAAACACUGUGAAUAACCUCCGCCUAUGGGACGCUAAACCAAAGAGGGGAUUCGACCUCAACAGUUUCAAUGCUGGUGACUAUGAUCGUGCUAUUCAAGAGAAUAGCAGCGCGGAGACUUUAACUCGCGUCUUAUAUCCUAAUGAUAAUCACAUGCUCGGCAAGGAGCUGCGUCUGAAGCAGCAAGCAUUUUGGUGCGCAGCGAGUCUGUCCGAUAUCAUUCGGCGCUUCAAGCAGGUGGAAAAGCCCUGGUCGGAGUUCCCUGAGUAUGUGUCAAUCCAACUGAACGAUACACACCCUACCAUCGCUAUCCCCGAGCUGAUGCGCAUGCUCGUUGAUGAGGAAGAUGUUCCGUGGGGCGACGCGUGGGCAAUCACGACGAAGACUUUCUUCUAUACCAAUCACACGGUCCUGCCUGAGGCCCUCGAGAAAUGGCCGGUACCCCUCAUGGAACAUGUCCUGCCCAGGCAUCUGCAAAUUAUUUAUGAUAUCAAUAUGGCCUUUCUUCAAGCUGUGGAGCGUAAGUGGCCCAAUGAUCGUGAACGUCUAGCUCGCAUGUCACUCAUUCAAGAGGGUGAACCGAAGUAUGUUAGAAUGGCAUUCUUAGCCACGAUUGGUUCUGCUAAAGUGAAUGGCGUCGCGGAGCUCCACAGUCAUCUUGUUCGUGAAACUAUUCUGCGAGACUUUGUCGACUUCUUUGGCAAGAGCAAGUUUGCUAAUGUCACAAAUGGCGUCACACCUCGCCGCUGGUUGGAUCAAUGCAACCCGGGUCUCAGCAACCUCAUCACGGAUGCCAUCCAGAAGCCGAAAGCAGUCUGGUUGAAGGAUCUGACCUUGCUGAAGGCUUUGGAGCCAUUUGCCGAAGACUCUGUUUUCCUCAAAAAAUGGGCACUGAUCAAGCAUAACAACAAGAAGCAUCUGGCUGACUAUAUCAAGACACAUCUGGGCAUAACUGUAAACCCUCAAUCCCUUUUCGAUAUCCAGAUCAAACGCAUUCAUGAGUAUAAGCGGCAAAGCCUCAAUCUUCUUGGGGUGAUCCAUAGAUACUUGACACUCAAGGCAAUGACCUCGACGGAGCGCAAGAAGGUUAACCCUCGUGUCGUAAUCUUCGGCGGCAAAGCAGCACCUGGUUACUUCAUGGCCAAACUUCUGAUUCGUCUCAUUGUCAACACGGCUAGAACCAUCAACGCUGACGCGGACAUGAAGGACAUUCUCACCGUUGUUUUUGUGCCAGACUAUUCUGUGUCACUGGCGGAGAUUCUCAUCCCUGCCUCUGACAUCAGUCAGCAUAUAUCAACGGCUGGCACUGAAGCGUCCGGCACGUCAAACAUGAAGUUCUGUCUUAACGGUGGUUUGCUUCUUGGGACUGUGGAUGGGGCUAACAUCGAAAUUGCUGAAGAAGUAGACUCCAAUAAUGUGUUCUUUUUUGGACACCUCACCGACGCAGUUGAGGAUCUGCGCCAUCAGCACAAGUAUCAUCCCAUUCCUGUAGAGGAACGCUCUCCGGCACUGGCAGCUGUCUUGAAGGAAAUUGAAGAGGGCCGUUUUGGCGAUCCGACGAUCUAUCAACCUUUCGUGGACACCAUUCGCCUUAGCGACUAUUACCUUGUCACCGAUGACUUUGAUUCGUACGUAGAGGCAAACAAGAUGGUGGACGAUGCCUAUGUCAAAGAUCCUGAAGAAUGGACGAAGAAAACUAUCCUAACAGUGUCCAGGAUGGGCAAAUUCAGUUCUGAUCGCGCCAUCAUGACUUACGCGGAAGAGUUCUGGAAUAUAGAGCAAUUCGCGAUCAAAUUUUGACCAAAACAGCACUGUUGCCGUUUCAGCUAGAAGCUCGAGACAAGGCCUGUACAUAAUGCGUUCAAUCAAGCAGAUUAUCACUUGACCUAGAGAGAGACCUUGUGGUUGGCAGCAGCAACAUGCAUUACAAGGCGAUAUUCUAAUGAGAUGGAAGACCUCACAAGCGAUCCGAGUCAGCUGCUAUUAUUCUCAG